AUGGCGGCGGCGUUCUUCCCGCGGGUGACAUUCCGUCUGAAGGUGGAGAUCGUGCGGCGCUGGUGUUGGUGGACGACCUUCUUUGCGUCGGUGGAUUGGACGAAGCUGAUCCUUGCUACAGCUCUGGUUUCUACGGCAUUCCACGUGUUUCUCACCUAUGGCCUCCCGCCUUAUUCUUCUGAUUCGUUCUUCUUUCCAUCUAUCUCCCUUUCCUAUGCGACGGAGGGUAAGGUGGCGGCCGCCUUGCAGUCGCCCUCUCCUCUUCCUUCUUCCUUGGUGGCGGGGCCGUGGCAGUCGCCAGCUCUACCUGAGGCCUCUUCUCUUAGCUCCUCUUAUCCCGACGGUUCUUUCUCACACAGUUCAAUUCCGGUAGGAAUUUCGGUUUCCAAGCAUAGUACUGAAAACGAAACUUCGAAUGCAAGAAGCGCUCAUUCUUCCGGAUCAAAGGUAGAGGUUUCUCUUGCACCUAGUUUUUAUUUUAUGUUUCUUUGUUUUUUUUACCAUGCUUUGGGUAAAUUGUGCGUACUCAUUGGCUGGAGACCUUGGGAAUGUACAGAGGCCGUUGCGAUGGUUGCCAACAGAUGACGCACUGGUUUAUGCUAAGUCGGAGAUAGAACGAGCUCCCAUCAUCUACGAUGAUCCUGAUUUGCAUCCGGCCUUAUUCCGGAAUGUGUCAAUUUUUAGAAGGUGCGAAGACAAUUUGCCUCAACUUGUGGACGUUGUAGAAGUUUUUCCUCCUGAUAUCCUGUCUGAUCCUGCUGUCUCGACACUAAUGGGCACACUUAGUUGAGAUAAUGUUGCAGUUAUUUUGCUAUUUUGAUACUUUUUCUGUCCAAAAAUAUUCAGAAAUCAGAUAGACCUUAUUUUUUAUAUAUAUUUAUAUAUAUUGGCACAUACUCAUCUAGGAGAAAUAUUAAAACUCCCGUUUGAUUCACUAGUUACGUACUGACCUUUGUUGUAUCCUAAGACUGGAUUUACUGAUGCCCACUUUCGCUUGUUAACAACCCUAAAAACUCACAACCUUCCUCACUUUCAUGGCCCCAUUAAAAUGAUGCACCAAAAGCUUAUUGUGAAACUAUUAGUAAUUUCGUCGCUUAAAUCUUUUCAUGAUCGUGAAGAUUACGGACUUAAAUGGGUGCAACGGAAGCAGUUGACUCUUGAGAAUUCAAGCAUCUACACGGCGGUUCUGUGUCACCUAUCUAUCAAUCAUCCAUCAUGGAGUGCCAAGAUAGGCUGGCUCUGCUAGAUAUGAACCAAGCAGUGACUGGGAUAGCGGGGGCCUAGACAUGGCCUAGUCAGUUGGACAGCUGCCAUGGAUCAACCUUAAAUUUUCUCAGACAUGGGAUGAAGAUGGGGAAAUUCAAAUUUGAAUACAGUACGGCCUAAUCGUUUUCAUGGUGCUACGAAAAGUGUCUAAUAAGGAGAAAACAUGAUCACAGUCUCUAACUAAUCCCAUCCUUGACAUGAUGAAUUACAUGCGGAAUCUGCGUAUCAUAACAUUGAACUUCCCCUGUCUAGGUAAUUUAUUUCAUCGUCAGCUUUUUUACCGACAACAAUAAAAAUUCUUAGUCUCUGGCUCGCUUGUAGCAUCUCUGAGCAACUCAGUUAUUUACUGAAGCAAUUGAACUGUCCACGAAAUUUUCUUGAUGAUCUUCAAUAGGGGAAUCUGUAGUUUUCGAUUACUUCUUCGUUAUUUUUUAUGUUCAUGACUAUACUAAAUUUUCUGUAGUCCUGUAGUUGUGAUGAUAUUUCGUUUGGUUUCUUCUGAGAGUGAAUUUUAUUCCUCUUCCAGGUAAUUUUCUGUGUUUGCUGGAAUGUUUCACAUUUUGGCAACGCUGACUGCACUGAAUUCAGCAAACUCCUAUUUCAAGUUUGUGUGGAAUCUUUUCAGCAAGAAUUCUUCUGCAUGUUAAAAGAUCUACAUAUUUACAUAUUUACCCCUAAGAAAAUCAGAAUUUCACUGGCACUAGUUUAAUUAAAAUGAAAACUCUUCUUCAUGAAGUAGACUUUCAUGUAUGUUCCAUCCUAGUUUCUUCUCAAGGAAUAACGAUUCAAUAAAUGGUUCCAUUUCAGGAGCUAUGAACUGAUGGAGAAAAUUUUGAAGGUGUACAUUUACCAGGAGGGAGAAAAGCCGAUUUUUCACAGACCUGCUCGCAGAGGCAUAUAUGCCUCUGAGGGAUGGUUCAUGAAACUUCUGGAACAGAAUAAACAUUUUGUUGUCAGAAAUCCAAACAGAGCACAUUUGUUCUACCUACCUUAUAGCUCACGUCAACUGGAAGAAGCUCUUUAUGUGCCCGGCUCGCAUACUAUUCGCCCACUGUCUCUCUUCAUACGGGAUUACGUGAACAUGAUUGCUGCUAAGUAUCCUUUCUGGAACCGUACACGUGGUUCGGAUCACUUUGUGGUGUCAUGCCAUGAUUGGGUGGGUAGCUCUUAUUCUGGUUUGUAAACUGUUUAUUUUCUAAAUCAGUGAUUUUUUUCUGAUGAUAUAGCCAAAAACUUCCAAUUCUAGAAUGUUACUCCCGGUUUUUGAAGAUAGUCUUUUAUAUCUCUGUUAAUUACUUUUUAUAGUCCAAUAUUUUGUAGUUUUGUUUUAUCAUUUCGUUAGUUGUGUUCGUGUAAUUUUAAUGGUAGGAAACUAGUACAUCUUUUGGAUUCUCUCCUGCUAUACUUCAUCGUCUGAUGGUUUAUUUAGCGCAAAUCCUUGAUAUAUAAUUCUAAGACUCAUAGUCUGAGACUGUUUUCUCUGUGAGCAGAUUGAAAGUAGUACUAUGAGUUUCUCUAUUGCAUUCAAAAUAGCUUUCCAUGAUACUUCACUGAUUGCUCUUGCAAUUGGAUGGUCUUCUCAGGGGCCACAAAUAACGAGAGAUCAUGAUGAACUGCGAAGAAAUGCCAUUAGAGCUUUGUGCAAUGCCGAUGAAUCUCGUGGAAUUUUCAUUCGUGGAAAAGACGUCUCCCUUCCAGAAACAAUCGUCAGAAGAGUGAGGAGGCCUCUUCAAGAUCUUGGAGGAAAACCAAUCUCCCAACGCUCCAUUCUUGCCUUCUAUGCAGGACAAAUGCACGGUCGUGUCAGGCCUAUACUUCUCAAGUACUGGCGUGGGAAGGAUGAAGAUAUGAAAAUCUAUGGGCCUCUCCCAAGUAGAGUAUCUAAAGUCAUGUCGUACGUACAGCAUAUGAAAACCAGCAGGUUCUGCAUCUGCCCCAUGGGUUACGAAGUAAACAGUCCGAGGAUCGUUGAGGCGAUUUACUAUGAAUGCGUUCCGGUCAUUAUAGCCGAUAAUUUUGUGCCGCCAUUUGAUGAGGUGCUGGACUGGAGCUCAUUUUCAGUCGUUGUUGCAGAGAAGGACAUCCCCAUUCUGAAGAAUAUACUUCAAGAAAUCUCUCUCUCUCGGUAUAUUUCGUUGCAGACAAAUGUCAAAAAGUUGCAGAAGCACUUCCUUUGGCAUGCAAAGCCCAUCAAAUAUGAUCUCUUUCACAUGAUUCUGCACUCUAUUUGGUUCAGUAGGCUAAAUCACAUUCAGAUCCGACGGUGA